UUCAACCUUUGAAACGUACCACAAAACUAACCAAACAACGAGGGGCGUUUUUUUUGUUCAGAAACCUACCGAUUUCUAAUUUUAACCUUCUCUUUGAAUCCGCUCUUACAUUCACAAUUACAGUAUUCAACCCGUAGGAAGAACAACACUGUGAUUCUGAAGCUGAUUCGAGCUUACACAAAUAAAGCCGGAUUAACCUAGCUUCAAAUCAUUUCCAAUUGCAUUCACAAUCACCAGCAAACAAACAAUUUUCUGUCAGAACUGUUACAGGUGAACCGGAUCAGAGUGACAAAUAAAGCAUUACAUCUCAAGUGUUUCAAAUAAAUUCUGGUGAUUGAUGUGCCAUGGGAUUUUUGUCUCCAGAAUUUGGUUCAGUGCCGUUGAAGAGGGGUUCUGUUAUACCGUCUUAUCAAUUUAUAUCUGCUACUUUUGCUUACAUAUACUUCUAAAGGAUUAUUAUGGUGGGUUUUAGAAAUAGAUACUUGGUAAUGGAGGUAUUCUUGGAUCCAAGUAAAGACCUCGGCAAGGAGGAUCCUAUUAUAAUUAGCCAGUUUAAUAUAUUAAAAGCAAUUAAAGACAGCAUUCUUGUAAACUUUGGAGAAUGUGGUUUAUCCGCGUCUCUUGGAUCAUUACAGGUGAAGUAUGUAAACCCCAUAACAAAAGUGUGUAUAAUAAGAGCUGCAAGAGAAGAACACCAGAAGGUUUGGUCUUCAAUCACAAUGAUCAGGAGUAUCGGAAAUUGUCCAGUGAUAUUCAGCUUACUGGACUUGAGUGGAAGUAUCAAGGCAUGUAAAGCUGCAGCCUUCAAGUAUGAUGAAGCAAAAUUUGAACAGUACAAACAAGUGAUGGGAGAUCGACUCACACCUGACAUUAGUCAACAGAUGCAUAAUUUUCUUGCAAAAAUUCAACUAUUGGAGCACUGAGCAAACCUUUAGAGAGACGGCUCUUGCUUUCAAGAAUUGAUUCAAGGAAUGAGAAAGAGAACUGUAAACCAGACUAUUUUUUAAUACAAAUAUUUAUUCUGGGUAAACCAGGCCGUUGUGUUUUAAUGUGAGAAAAUUUCUUCAUUGCUUGUUAACUUUUUGAUAUUCCCUACAGUUGACUUUGGG